AGCAGGGCCGGGCGGGGACCCAGCUUCAAUCUCACGGGUCCUUGGGGACGCGGGCGGCGAGGGCGCGGGGGAUGCGGGGGACGCGGAGGACGCGGGCGGCUGAGACGCUGAGGGCGCGGGGGACGUGGGCGGCUCAGGUCCUGAAGGCGCGGAGUCCGCGGGCGGCUGAGGCGCUGAGGGCGCGGAGGACGUGGGCCGCUGAGGCGCUGAGGGAGGCGGCGACUGGCGACUCCCGGGCGGCCUCGCCCCGCAGGCCCUGUCCCAGGCGCUGUCCGCCCCCGUUCAGCCUUCCCGGUCCCGCCCGGCCACCCUCAGCCGUCCGCCAGCGCGGAUCCCCGCGACUCAGCCGCCGCCCCUCUGUUCCCGCUGCGCGCCGCCAUGUUGGCUCCUCGGCGCGGCCUGUAAUAAUUCUGCCAGGAGAAAAACAUGAGAUCAUUUCUUUCCCCUGUGCCAAAGGCAAACUGAUUUCCCCAGCCCACGUGGACAGCUGCUGCGCAGUAAGCCGGGCGCGCUUCAAGUCUCCAGACUCGCCGGGUGCCAUCUGUGGGCACACAGGCGCCCAGGCGGAGCAGGUUGGACAGCGCAAGACCCGGGGGGGCAUAGCAGGCGCUCGGGUUCCGUCUGGGAGACACUGCGGGCUGCACGGCCAGCGCGCGCGUCUGCCGCAUCAGUGGGCUGCAUAG